GAGAUUUGCGCGCGGACAGGACGUGUAUGCGGUCAACAAGAAUACAUCGAUUUCAUUCAUCAACGAGGAGGCAAACAAGCAUCCCGGUUUACGGAAAGCACAUGAGUGUCUUACCGAGGCAAUGAACCGCCGACCGCCUAUGACUUACUGGAAGAAUAAGGUGAAGCCACGAUACGGGGCGGACCAGUUACUCCAGUACAAGGCCACUCCCUCUACGAAGGGUAAAGCCGAACGCACCACUCCGAACAAUCCGAGCAACAAAACUACGCGGAAGAGGCCUGCAUCCGAUUCCACACCACAUGAAGUAGCGGCCGAACCGGAACCUUUGCUAGAAACACCUGUCGUAAAGCGGGUUCAGGCCAGUUCACACCCACCUUCGCAGCUAACCUCCCUUCCGAUCCUCAGUCUCAGUCCUCCUACUCCCUCGCAAACCCCGUCUCUGCCUUCUACUCAACCACUCUCACAAUCUUCAUCCCAAGCCCUGUCUCUGCCUCCCAUGCAACCUCCCUCGCAAUCUUCGUCCCAAGCUUCGCCGAAUGCGCCUCCUCCUCCCGCCGCGGAGGCUUCCUCCUCUCAAAACGAGACGGGUCAUAUGGACCUCGAUGACGACGAUACCGCUAUGGACUUCUCGUAUCAUGACGAUGGCCGCCUUCCCAAGUCACAGGAUCUUCAGAACGGGGGAGAAGCAGAGAAGCCACAUAACGAGGGAGUGGCACAGAACGAGGGAGAAGCACAUGACUCUCAGGAGGAGGCAGAAGCAGACGAGUCCCGCGACAAGUUCAUUGCCUACUGGCUUAUCGGAGAUCCCAUCCAACGUUUCCCCAUCCCGCUCACAGCGGUGAACCAACGCGAGCAUCUUGUGAAGAUGCAGAUUUUGGUUCCUCACGGUGACAAUGGUUGGGUAGUCAGCAAGCCCUCGUUCAGAGAUAUCGAUCCCCAGUAUUUCCGAGCCGUUGCUGCGUUCCUCUGCAAUGACGAACUCCCAGUCCCUGGUCCAGAGAACACCAGUCGAGACGGGGAGAAUGCGGUCUGGAAAACCUACGCCGGGAUAUGGAAGAUCGCCAUCGAACUCUGUCUGGAAGAUCUCCUGGAGGUGUUGGUGGAAAAGAUACUCGCGCUCCAGCCAUGGCCUCUCACGGAUGAUUUCACACAUUUCGUCUCCGCUGUGUAUGCCGACGACACAGUGCCAGCCUCGAUGGAUGGGGACAUCAAAAUGAGGGAGCUGAUUGCGCAGUUCAUAGCUCAGCAUCUUCACGAUUAUGCUGGCUUCAUCGACCUCGUGAAGCAUCAUCCUGUGCUUGAGAAGGAUGUGCGCCAAGCGAAGGCAUAUGCGGGAACGAAAGAAUUGGAGGAGCGGACGGAUUGAAGGAGUCUUUCCUUCCAUACUUACUUGCACAUGGUGGCUGCUUUGAUUAGCUUUCUGUCUCUGCUGCUCGGAUACUUUCUUCUUCUUCUACUGUGCAGCUUUAUAUCUUAAGCCCUGAUUUCUUUUUUCUGUCUUUGCUGCCUGAAUACGUUCUUUUUCCACUGUCCUGCAUUAUAUCAAGCCCUGAUUUCCUUUCUUCUAGUUUCUUUCUUGCUUUUUCUCAGAAUUCCCGACUUGAAUGGCGUGGCUACCUCUGACUACCACUCGAAGGUCAUUCAACGAAAUGUCAUUCCCCACAAAGUCAUAUUUAGACAGUCCAAGCAUGGCAGAGAAAGGAGGGAUAGUGGAGACGUAGGCU